AUGGAUCCCAGCUCUCAUAAAUUCUAUCACAAGGAUCACGUUGAUGCAAACAAAUUAUAUGACACUUACACUGGUGCCGGGGCAGAUAAGAAGCACACUGAUGAGCUUUUAUUUUUCCCUAUGAAGUUAAUUUUCAGUGAGGUAAAAUCAGGUAUGUUUUUAUUUCUGUUUUUCUAUUUAAAUAGCUUUUACUGUUUAAUGCCAGGGGCCAAAUUUAUUAUUGCAAAAGAGCAACAAUUCUGGGUUAAAGUGAUACAGCUAGAGCAAUUUAUAAAUAUAGAACAAUUUAUAAGAUAGUACAAUUUAUAUGGAAAUGGAAUAACCUGGCAGAAAAAAAAAAAAAUAUGCCAGCAUUCUUAAAUCUCAGAAAACAUCUCUAUCCAACUAAUUUCAAUAAAAAAAAGCAAGUGCACUCGUGCAAAUUAUAUAUAUUAUGAUUAUUAUUAUUAUUGGUAUUUAUAUAGCACCAACUAAUUCUGCAGAGCCUUACAAUGUUAUAAAACAUUUACAUGAGACAUUACAAUACAUGAGACAUUUACACAGUGACUCAGGAACAAUAGGUAGAUGAGGACCAUGCUCAAACGAGCUUACAGUCUAGAUGAGGUGGGGUACAACAGGGCAGCAAGGGUGACAGCCACCAAACAAGGUGGAAAAGUAGCAGAGCUGGAGGUGAGAGUGGAGGAAGCCUCUUUAGGAGAGCAAGAGACAGACUUGGGUAAGUAUAGAUAGUUACUCUGGGAAUCCAUAAACAUUUCUGAACAGAUUUGGUUUGAGGGACUUCUUAAACAAUUGAAGACAAGGGGAGAGUCUGAUUGGGGUAUGCAGGCUGUUCCAAAAGAAGGUAGUCGCCCGCAAGAAGUCCUGCAAGCGUGAGUUAGCAGUAAGGGUGCGAGCUACGGGCAGGAGAAGGUCACCUGCAGAGGGGGGAGGCGGAGAAGGGGCAUAUCUGUGAAUCUGGGAAGAAAUGUAAGAGGGGCUAGAGUUGGUUAGAGCUUUAUAGGUAAGGGUUAGUAUUUUGAAUCGAAACCUGUAUGAUACAGGAAGCCAGAAUGCACCUAUAAUUGCACCGUAUAUAUUGCUUAUUAUAUAUGUAACAAUGUAGUAUGCUGCCUUGGACAUAGAUGGAAGGAAGAAAUUUCAGUGUGUUAAAAUAUAGUGUUUUAUAAAUGACAUUUGAGGAUUAACAUAAGAUACCAAAGUCUAGAGGUAAUAGUGAAUUUUGUGUUUUUAAACUAAAUCUUGUUAUAAUUAACCCAUUCACACUGGUACCCAUGUAUAUACAAUUUCCAGGGCAAGCACCCUGGAAUCAUUUAUACAUGAUUUUAAUGUUUUAAUUUAGUAUGCGUAGAGGCUGGACACAGAAAAACAGCAUUCUCACUAUCUAUCCCCCACAGAGCCCAAUACAUAGUCACUCCUUAAUACUCACCCUGUCAGUCUCCCCUCACUCUGUCACGCUCCCCAAACUUUGACAAACUCACCCCCACAACAUUGUUUUACUCAGCAGCUAUAACACUGUCACGGUCACUCCCCAAACACUGUUACACUAAGCCUCUAUCACCCUGCCUCACUCACCCUAUCAUACAUACCCCCUAAAAUCUUCACACUCACAACCCAACUCUGUCAUACUCAACCCCUAUCUUGUUUCACUCUCCCCAUUUACUCAAGUACACUCAUCUAGUCACACUCACCCCAAUCCUGUUGCACUUGCCCUCUCACCUUGCCACACUCAUCCUAUCAUACUAUUUUCCUUGCCAUGUCACACUCAUGCUGACACCUCUAACGAAAGUCAUCCUCAAACACACAGUCACCUAUCUCAAGCAUCCUCCAUUGUACAGCGCUACGGAAUCUGAUGGCGCUAUGUAAAUAAUAAAAUAAAAAAAAUAAUAAUUACACGCAGCACACCACAAGCAUCUUCUCUACACACUUAUGCUCUCAGACACAGAGAUGCUCACAGAAAUACACAUUCACAAACAAGGAUACUCACUUUCAGACACACACAUAGUCACAAUGCACACAGAUAAACCUUUUAACACACAAUGUGACUAAAUGCCCAUAUUUGUCAAUAUGUGUGUCUCUUUGCAUCAAUGUGUACGUGUAUCAGAGUUUGUAUAUAUGUGUGCAUGCAUCCCAGUGUGUAUAUGUGUGCAUGUAUCAUUGUGUAGGUGUAUUAGUGUGUGUGUCCAUGGCUGCAGUACAAGUUUGAUAUGAUAUGGCCAAUGCCAUGGUAAAGUGGCAACAUAUAUAAUAUACAUAUUCAAUACAUAGGACAACAUAUGUAUGUGAAUGUCACAUAUUCUGAAAUGUUAGUUAUUUUGAACAAUGUAUGUUUAUCUGCACCUUCUCUAUUUGGUAUAUGAUUUGAAAAAGAGUUUUUCUGUCUAAAAAAUUGUUACAUGGCAUAAUGUGCUAUCUAUGCAUACAGAAAUUAAAAACACAUAUACAAAUUACUUUCCAGGACACCCACAUUUUUUUUGCAAACCACUUGGAAGUAAAGGGGUUUAAGCAAAAAAUAAACAUUAACACAGGUUGUUGUUGCCUUAAUUCUGUUUCAUAGUGUCUGGGGAAUUUUCAAGAUAAAUUACUUUGUUAGGAGACCAGAAUAUCACUCCAGUUAAUUAAAAAUUCCUUUUUAUUUUUUUUCUUUCUCCAUCACAUGGUCAUCAUAAAUCUGGUGGAUUAGCUAAACUAGUGUACCAGGUCACUUAACAUUACUUACCCAAAAUGAAUAUAUACAUCUCAGUAUGUGGGUAGAGGGUUCUAUCCCUUUUUUUUAAUAUAAUAUUCUCAAAUAUAUAGUAACCUAGUCACACAAUGCACAAUGGGGGAUUCGUUUUUGGUUAAGGAGCAGUAAUAGGACUGACAUUUAAAAAUGUAGGCAAAAAUUGUUUUAAAAAAAAAAUAUUUUUUUAUUUGUAUUUUUUUUUUUACAUUUUAUUAUUUUUAUUUCCAACUUGUUCUUCUCCAGGUCGUCUUAGAGGAAGCACCUUGAUUGACCAUUCUGUUGGCCCUGUUAUUUUCCAUUUGUUACCACUUUGUAAAUACUUCAAAGACAUCACUAUUCUAGAGCUUAAUGAACACUGUGUAAAGGUGCUGCAGAAAUGGCUGAAUAAAGAAGAAGAUGCCUUGGAUUGGUCUCAUGCUGCAAAAAUUGUUGCCGAACUUGAAGGAAACAGGUGA